UUUCUUCUUUUGCCAUCUGUGUUGUACUACUACACCUGGGAGUUGGAGACACAUAUACAGAGAUAGAGAGAUGGCGUAUGCAAUUGCAGGGUUGAGCCACUUCCUUAUUACAGUGUUUCUCUAUCACUUGGCAACAUUCAUGGUGAUUCCGGCCAUCACCGAUGUUACAAUGUCGGCGCUUUGCCCCGGAAGAGAUGAAUGCUCCAUCGCCAUUUACCUCAGUGGAUUCCAACAGGCGAUCACAGGGCUGGGCUCGGUCAUCAUAGCGCCUUUGGUUGGAAACCUCUCCAACAUCUACGGCAGGAAAGUUUUGCUUAUCCUCCCAAUGACUCUCGCCAUCUUUCCACUAGUUAUAUUGGCUUGCAGCAGAACAACGAGCUUAUUCUACGCAUACUACGUGCUCAAGACUCUCACAUCUAUGCUUUGUGAUGGCAGCGUUCAGUGCCUUUCAUUGGCUUAUGUGGCGGACAGCGUUCCAGAUAGCCAACGAGUAUCGGCGUUCGGAAUUCUUGCUGGCAUUGUGUCUGCUGCAUUUGUCUGCGGAACUCUAACUGCUCGUUUCCUCUCUACUUCAUCCACAUUCCAGGUUUCUGCUUCUGUAGCUGUGCUUGCAGCUGUAUACAUGAUGGCUUUCCUCAAGGAGUCGAUCUGUGAAGAUUUGAAUGAUCCCAAGCAACAAGUGUCGGAGAAGAGCCCUUUCAUUAUUUGUUCCAAUGGAGACCCCAUUAGGAAGGCGCAAUUCUUGUUAUUGCUAACUGAUCAACCACCUUACUUGACAUUCUCACAAGCAGCAAUUGUUGCAUUCUUCACCAAUCUUGCAGAAGGUGCCCUUCACUCUCCACUAUUGUACUAUUUGAAGGCCCGUUUUCACUUCAGCAAAGAUCAAUUUGCUGAUCUAAUGGUAAUAUCUGGGAUUGCAGGAGCCAUCUCAAAGUUGGUUGUCAUGCCCACGUUGUUGGCACUUACUCUUGGGGAGGAGAAGUUGCUCACCAUAGGGUUAUUGGCAAACUGUACACAUAUGUUUCUUUACAGUAUAUCAUGGGCCUCUUCGAUGUUAGGAAAUGGGGAGUUGUAUCCCUGUUUCCCUAUGUAUGUCUAUGUUGGUAUGCAUUAUCCGGGGAAGGCUCAAGGAUGUAUCUCAGGCAUAUGUUCCUUUGCCAACAUUAUCUCUCCAUUAGCUUUCACUCCUUUAACAGCUUUGUUCCUAUCUGAAAAUGCACCAUUUCAUUUCCCUGGUUUCAGUAUCAUGUGCAUUGGAUUUGCAUCAUUGCAGCAAACAGCUUUGAAAGAGAUGCCUGCCUUUCAUAAAGUUUUGACUGCAGUUUGUAGCUAG